AUGGUGGAAGCUAGCGAUGCAGCAGGGAAGAGCGUGAGGGAGCUGGAGUCCCGUUUGUCCGCGGCGGUGUCCGAGGCGUCUCAUGAACGCGCGAUGGCGGAGAAGCUCAUUAGCACCACACGCGGUGCGCUGACUGCAAUGGUGGAGGAGAAUCAAAAACAGGUAGAACAGCUUCGCGCGGACCACGAUCAAGCCCGUGCUACAAUGCAAGCUGAACUUGUUGCGCACCGAGAGAUGCGCAACGCUCGUAUAAAUGAGAGGCUAUCACAUCCAGAACUCUGCGAUAGCGCUUCACCGCAGGUGCCACCGCCAAAUACUGACGUGCCAGUGGCCCCUGAAGUAGUGCGCAGCGAACCUUUCUACUGCGUCACUCUCGACGAGCUCAACAAGACAGGAACACUCAACGAACAGUUGACGCGCGCCCUUGCGCAGAGGGAAGCUGACAAUGAGAAGCUGACAGAGGAACUUGCACAGAGGGAGGCUGACAAUGAGAAGCUCGCAGAGGAACUUGUGCAGAGGGAGGCUGACAAUGAGAAGCUGACAGAGGAACUUGCGCAGAGGGAGGCUGACAAUGAGAAGCUGACAGAGGAACUUGCGCAGAGGGAGGCUGACAAUGAGAAGCUCGCAGAGGAACUUGCGCAGAGGGAGGCUGACAAUGAGAAGCUGACAGAGGACCUUGCACAGAGGGAGGCUGACAAUGAGAAGCUCGCAGAGGACCUUGCGCAGAGGGAGGCUGACAAUGAGAAGCUGACAGAGGAACUUGCGCAGAGGGAGGCUGACAAUGAGAAGCUGACAGAGGAACUUGCACAGAGGGAGGCUGACAUCGAGAAGCUCGCAGAGGACCUUGCGCAGAGGGAGGCUGACAAUGAGAAGCUCGCAGAGGAUCUUGCGCAGAGGGAGGCGGUAAUUGAGGGUGCAGAGGCGGACGCGAGUAAGACAAUUGAGGGUGUGUAUAGCCGCUGUCGUGAACUUGAGGAGCUCGCUGCGAGAAGGGAACUUGCUGCUACGGGUGAUGUGGAUAUCCUGGAGCGCGAACUGGCGGACGCUCUCGUCCAGCUGAAGGCGUUGGAGGGGGAGAACGCUGCCCUGGCUGCGCUGCUCGCUGCAAAGAAGGCCGAGAUGGUGGAAGCUAGCGAUGCAGCAGGGAAGAGCGUGAGGGAGCUGGAGUCCCGUUUGUCCGCGGCGGUGUCCGAGGCGUCUCAUGAACGCGCGAUGGCGGAGAAGCUCAUUAGCACCACACGCGGUGCGCUGACUGCAAUGGUGGAGGAGAAUCAAAAACAGGUAGAACAGCUUCGCGCGGACCACGAUCAAGCCCGUGCUACAAUGCAAGCUGAACUUGUUGCGCACCGAGAGAUGCGCAACGCUCGUAUAAAUGAGAGGCUAUCACAUCCAGAACUCUGCGAUAGCGCUUCACCGCAGGUGCCACCGCCAAAUACUGACGUGCCAGUGGCCCCUGAAGUAGUGCGCAGCGAACCUUUCUACUGCGUCACUCUCGACGAGCUCAACAAGACAGGAACACUCAACGAACAGUUGACGCGCGCCCUUGCGCAGAGGGAAGCUGACAAUGAGAAGCUGACAGAGGAACUUGCACAGAGGGAGGCUGACAAUGAGAAGCUCGCAGAGGAACUUGUGCAGAGGGAGGCUGACAAUGAGAAGCUGACAGAGGAACUUGCGCACAGGGAGGCUGACAUCGAGAAGCUGACAGAGGAUCUUGCGCAGAGGGAGGCUGACAUCGAGAAGCUCGCAGAGGAUCUUGCACAGAGGGAGGCUGACAUCGAGAAGCUGACAGAGGAACUUGCGCAGAGGGAGGCUGACAUCGAGAAGCUGACAGAGGAACUUGCGCAGAGGGAGGCUGACAUCGAGAAGCUGACAGAGGAACUUGCGCAGAGGGAGGCUGACAAUGAGAAACUGACGGAGGAACUUGCGCAGAGGGAGGCUGACAAUGAGAAGCUGACAGAGGAACUUGCGCAGAGGGAGGCUGACAUCGAGAAGCUCGCAGAGGACCUUGCGCAGAGGGAGGCUGACAAUGAGAAGCUGACAGAGGAACUUGCGCAGAGGGAGGCUGACAAUGAGAAGCUCGCAGAGGAACUUGCGCAGAGGGAGGCUGACAUCGAGAAGCUCGCAGAGGAACUUGCGCAGAGGGAGGCUGACAAUGAGAAGCUCGCAGAGGAACUUGCGCAGAGGGAGGCUGACAAUGAGAAGCUGACAGAGGACCUUGCACAGAGGGAGGCUGACAAUGAGAAGCUGACAGAGGACCUUGCGCAGAGGGAGGCUGACAUCGAGAAGCUGACAGAGGAACUUGCGCAGAGGGAGGCUGACAUCGAGAAGCUGACAGAGGAACUUGUGCAGAGGGAGGCUGACAUCGAGAAGCUGACAGAGGACCUUGUGCAGAGGGAGGCUGACAUCGAGAAGCUGACGGAGGAUCUUGCGCAGAGGGAGGCUGACAAUGAGAAGCUCGCAGAGGACCUUGCGCAGAGGGAGGCUGACAAUGAGAAGCUGACGGAGGACCUUGCGCAGAGGGAGGCUGACAAUGAGAAGCUCGCAGAGGAUCUUGCGCAGAGGGAGGCUGACAAUGAGAAACUGACGGAGGACCUUGCGCAGAGGGAGGCUGACAAUGAGAAACUGACGGAGGACCUUGCGCAGAGGGAGGCUGACAAUGAGAAGCUGACAGAGGACCUUGCGCAGAGGGAGGCUGACAAUGAGAAGCUGACAGAGGAACUUGUGCAGAGGGAGGCUGACAAUGAGAAGCUGACAGAGGAACUUGCACAGAGGGAGGCUGACAAUGAGAAGCUGACAGAGGACCUUGUGCAGAGGGAGGCUGACAUCGAGAAGCUGACAGAGGACCUUGCGCAGAGGGAGGCUGACAAUGAGAAGCUGACAGAGGACCUUGCGCAGAGGGAGGCUGACAAUGAGAAACUGACGGAGGACCUUGUGCAGAGGGAGGCUGACAUCGAGAAGCUGACAGAGGACCUUGUGCAGAGGGAGGCUGACAUCGAGAAGCUGACAGAGGACCUUGUGCAGAGGGAGGCUGACAUCGAGAAGCUGACAGAGGACCUUGCGCAGAGGGAGGCUGACAAUGAGAAGCUGACAGAGGAUCUUGCGCAGAGGGAGGCUGACAUCGAGAAGCUGACAGAGGACCUUGUGCAGAGGGAGGCUGACAUCGAGAAGCUGACAGAGGACCUUGUGCAGAGGGAGGCUGACAUCGAGAAGCUGACAGAGGACCUUGCGCAGAGGGAGGCUGACAAUGAGAAGCUCGCAGAGGAACUUGCGCAGAGGGAGGCUGACAAUGAGAAGCUCGCAGAGGAACUUGUGCAGAGGGAGGCUGACAAUGAGAAGCUCGCAGAGGAACUUGCGCAGUGGGAGGCUGACAAUGAGAAGCUCGCAGAGGAACUUGCGCAGAGGGAGGCUGACAUCGAGAAGCUGACAGAGGACCUUGCGCAGAGGGAGGCUGACAAUGAGAAGCUCGCAGAGGAACUUGUGCAGAGGGAGGCUGACAUCGAGAAGCUUGCAGUGGAUCUUUCACAGAAGGAGGCUGAAUGUCAUAAGCUAGUUGCUGAACUUGAUGUUAUUGAAUCCAAAUUGAGCAGUGCUAUGAGUGGUCUGCACGUGUUUUCAUCGGGUGAUGGUAAUGUGAUUGAGAUGCUUGAGGGGUAUAUGGAAAGGGCUUCUUUGGUGAGUGGUGCUGAAAAGGAUGCACUUGAGAGGUUGAGUUUAAGUAAUAAGGAGCUUGCAAUGUUGAGAUCUGAUUUCUUGGCUGAAAGGGAUGGGAUGUCGCGUGAGAUUGAACUGGAAAAGGCGGAGAAGGCGCGGCUUUUAUUGGAGCUGGAAGUGACUCAAAGAAAUCUUGAGACGUUGAAGAACGCAUCUGUGGUUGCAUCCGGUGAAAAUGAGCUUAGCGUACUGCGUCAAAAGCUGUCUGACCUAGAGGAAGUCGUUGAUGUGAAGAAUGCUCAUUUGGAAUCGUUGAAUGAGCGUCUUGAAGGUCUGGUGGAAGAACUCCACGACAAGCGAGAAGAGUUGUUUCACGUGAUUGGUCAGUUAGAUGACUUUGUCGUAAAGUUCGAAAAGGCUCGUGAGGGGGAGAAGGUUGCUGUUGAAAAGCUAGCCGCACGUGAUCAAGAACUCUUUGAAUUGGAAAGAAUGCAUAGGGAGCUGCAAACGGAGCAUGAGCAAAUUGUGUCGCAUCUCCAGAAACAGGUGGAGGAGCUUCGUGCGCAGCAGUCUGACGAUGCCAUUGCGCUUGAAGAUUUGAAAAGUGACAUUAAAGGGCUUCGCGGGUCGUUGCAAGAAGCACAGGGAGCUCUAAGGGAGAAGAAUGACGAAAUAAAUCGUCUGAAGGAGGAGAUAAUUGCUCAGCAGGAGGAGGCGCAGGCUCUCAUCGACGAGCUCGCGGAGGAACGGGAUCAGAAGUCCCUGGAAGUGAGUGACUCAUUGAAAAAGCUGGAGGAGUUUGUUGAACUUAUGGAGGACGCCCGUAAGUGCGAAGAAGAGGCGCUUCAGCGAAGUGCGGAUGCGGAGCGAUCGCUUUGUAGGGCACAGGAGGAAUUGGAAAGGCUUCGAACGCGGCAGGUGGAAGGACGCGAUAACCCCAAAGCGUCGGAGUUGGACACACUGCGUGCCGCACUUGAUGAGGCCUGCGACGUGAAAGAACACGCAGAGGAGGAAAACAAGAAGUUGAAGUUGUGCGUGAGGCUUCUGACGGAUGCCCUGUCGAAGAAUCAGAGUAGGUUUACCGCGUCAUCUGGUGUGUUGGAGGAGGCCUGUGAUGCCCUGUCAAACAUGCAGGAGGGAUGA